AGCGUGGUCAUUAUAGGGUGUUCCACACGGUGGGUAGGGUGAACUCUGUCGGUGUCCGCUACGGUACGACCCAAAAGUAACAUAUUUGUCUGUCAUUUUCUUCUCGGCUUUGAUGAUCGUGACGAGAAUAGGAUUUAGCGAAGGCAGCAAUGGGGAGCAACGGCAGUACUCGCAGGGUGUCCUUAGAGGCGGACGAGAAUGAGAACGUGACUGUGGUGAAGGGCGUCCGGCUUUCAGAGAAUGUUAUCAACCGCAUGAGAGACUCCUCUUCAAAGUUUCCACAACAACCAUCCCAGGCCUCCCCAUCUCCACAGACCAAUCAGCUUUUGACUCCGCUGUUGCCGUCGCAACCCGUUUUUGAACGUACCAGUCCCCCGCUGCCAACACAUCAGGCUCCCCCGACAGUUGAUUCAGCUGAUGAAGAGGAACUGCGCAGAAAGAUCAGAGAGGAGCUGCAGAGGGGGAGAAGCAGGGCUGAAGGAGAACUGCGCAAGCGUCUGGAGGAGGAGGCUCAGGUCCAGCUACAGCAGGAGGCUGGGAAGAUCCUGGAAGUGGAACAGGCCACAGCGCAGAAUAACAUUAAACAGGCCCGCACGAAGGAGAGGCUGACAGCUGAGGACGAACGUCUGCGAGCAGAGCUCAAUAAGAUGGAGCAGAAGGUCCAGAAACUUGAGCAGAGGGACCGUGAUCUCAGAAAGCAGGAUGCCUUUUACAAGGAGCAGCUGGCGAAACUAGAGCAGAGGAGUGCCCGCUUUUAUGAGGUCAGCACGAAGAGCUACCACAAGGCUGUCGAGGAGGUCAGCUCCAAAUUCAGGCGGUACGAAAUUAAUCCCGUUUGCACUGACCUUCAAGAGCUGAUCCUGCAAUGCUACAAAGAGAACUCUGGACAGACUCUCACCUGCUCCAACAUCGCAUCACUCUACUUGCAGUGUGUGAACAAUGCCAAACAGAACAAGGUGACAGGAGGUUAAAGUCUCAUUGGCUCUGGGUACAGCAGAAGGAAAGUCACAGCAGAAACUCAACGGACACAGCAGUUUAGACUGAACGCUGAUUCGGAGACCCUCUACCCUGAAAUGCCUCCUGCUACCUGCCUCUCUGUGGAAACACCUGUGAUGCCCUCUGUCCACUCAAACUCCUUAAGUUAGCGUCUGCUGAAGUGUCUCCCACAACCAGACCCUGUAUACCGAAAUCCCUCUCCUAGUAUGUUAACUUCAGUCUUUUUAACCAAAGUGAAAAAUGUCCUUUCCUGAAGUGGCUGUUAUGUAUCUGGCAGAGGAGGUCAGGUUAUAAAGCGUAGAGCACAGAAACACUCUGUGUCAUACCAAGUGGAAUUGCAUCCUUCUGCAGGAAUAAAGGACCAGUCCAUUCUUGGUCUCAUUUGUCAUCUUUCCCUCAGUUUCAUUAAUUUAUCAUCUUUUGCUCUACACAUCAUGACACGCGGUGUGAUAUUCAACAUAUUGUUACGUGCCGUAAGUGUUUACAGGAGGUCCUGGCAAAUUCUCCUGACUUUUUGCCCUCGUCGCCAUUCGCCCCCUUCAGCUCCGCCUCCCGGACCUGGCCACGCCCCCUGUCUUCGGCGCCAUUUACGGGUUCUGCCAAGAAAAGAGAGCGGCUAGACCACCUCGGGAGCUCUUGCUCAUUGCUUGGGUUGUUGUUUGGUUUACUGUUUUGUGUUUGGAUUACUUGUGUAUGACAGUUUUUUGUUUCUUGAUUUCUGAUUUUCGCUUCCCCCUUUGUACCUUCGCCCCGGGUUCAAUUGUUUCUUUGGUCUUGAUCUCCCGCCUGCUUGUUGACUAUUCUUUUGCUUGCCCCCGCAGACACUGUGUUUCCUGUGUGUUUGUGCUGUGGUGCGUACGGAGCAACUGCCAUUUUUGUUCCCCGAUGGUUGAUUUAUUGUUGGUUUGGUGAGGGAGAUGCAGUAGGACUUAGUAUUUGCCGUUUUUGUUUGUGUUUUUUCCACGUAGGUUUAGCUUAGAUUGGGGAUUCGUUCGGUAGCGGUGUUUUGUUUGUUUUGGCCCGGAUGACUCCCGAAGUCUGCUGCACCUAUUGUUGUGAAAGUGUGUAUAAAAUAUAAAAAAAUCUAUCAAAAAAGA